AUGAUCAAGGACUUCUCCGCACACGCAUCUUGCACAUACACACAUACACCACAUACGUCAGUUUGCGCCUCGUGGCAGAAAAGGGGAGCGAAUGCGAGUUUCAGGACAGGUGUUGGCGUCGCAUUCAAAGCUACCAUAGUUAAGCCCUCUGUCUUGGAUAUGUAA